GUUUACGAUCAAUCAACUUACGAGUAUCGAAACAACGUUUUAGAUUUAUUUUUAAAACACAGCUUGGUAUGAAAAAGUUGAAAUGUUUGAAACAUUUUAAAAUAAUUUCUUUUUUCUUUUUAUUUAUAGUAAGAUGUUUAAAUAUUUUAUGCAGCGACGUUUUAUUAGGAAACGCGUCGAAAGUCUUAUUACCCACCAACUGGCCGAAUAACUGGAAUAACAGUAUUAUUCCUUUUGUUUUUAAUUUUUAUUCACCAAGUCCAAAACGCUUGAUAAGUCUUGUUGAAAAGGGACACAGUUAUAUAGAAGAACGUUCAUGCUUAACAUUUAAGGAACACGAUCCGAGAAAUGUAGCGAAUUUGGCAGAUUUUACCUAUCUUUAUUAUACUUAUUCUGGUGUUUUAGAAAGUUGUUGUCUCCCGUUCUUUAUAAAAUCAAGUGGACGAAGGUUAGUGCUUAUAACUCCGCUAUGCACACUCCCAGCAGAAGUUGCUCACGCGACAAUGCACGCAAUAGGCUUGCAGCACAAAAAACACGAGUCUUUUCUACAAAACGAAGUGAAAGCUAUCAUGUUUAAUAAAGAUUGCAAAAAAAGAAUUAGAAAAAUUAAAGCUUUUGAAAAUUGAUGUUUUUCAUUUUUGUCAAUGUGAUUCAUCGUAAAA